AUGUCACCGAAGACGAGUGAGCGUUGGAGGAUGGAGAUGGGAGCGAGUACCCGCGUUCCAUAUCUCGGCCAGAAGGUCAACCUGGGAGGCCCAGUGACAGAGGCUGUCCGAGAGAAGCUGUCGUCAGCGAGGUCGUCCUCGAACAAUUUGGAAGCCGUUGGAGCGAGGGUGAUGCUUGAAGUAGAACUAGCUGCCGAACCAGGUAUUUACAUAUUUAUGUACCCAGAUCGAGUUAAAGAAUUCUUCAAGUGGACUGCCACCCAGCUGGUCGACCUGCACCCCCAGCUAAGGCUCAGCCAUCGGAGCAACUACGCCAUACGACUAUGCCCAUCGACAGACCACCAUCGACAUGACCAGCAACGGACUAUCAUCCCAAGCGAGACAACUGUGGCCUCGAUCCCUAAACGCGCUUGCUUCUCCCAUCGGACCUCCUCCCUAGCAGACACCAGCUCGAGUCUGUUAUCGUCACUGUCCACCCUACCAAUCGAUCACCAGCACAUCAUUCGAUUGACCAUCCAUCUCAUCCACGAGCUCUCACUCGGACCCAGCUCGCCAUGGCAUCCCUACCUCAAUCUGAUCGGCCAUCCCGAGCACCAGCAACCGCUGCUGAUCCACCUGCAGGUCGAUGACCUACCCGAGAUCCGGAGCUGGCUCCGGGGCACAGAGAUUGAGCGACUACUCCAGACAGACCGGAUCAUCUCGCUCUCACGACUCCAAGAGAUCCACAAGGGCACCAUCGCCCACAGCUCCUGCACAUGGCAGACCUUUCUCAAGGCCUUCACCAUCGUCUCCAGUCGGGCCUUCCAGAUCGACCACUUCCACCAUCUCGCCCUCGUCCCCAUCGCCGACCUCUUCGACCACAGCGACCAGCCCGACGUCGAGAUGGUCUCGCAAGACCUUGUCUGCGAUCAAUGCGGAGCAUCCGCUGAAUGCAUGCACGACAACAGCAAUCCUCUCCAACCUAUCGAGAUCAUCCCUGUCUCCGAGGAAGACACCGUCGAGAUCGUUGCCAUCCAUCCCCUCGUCCCUCCUACUCUCGAUCAACUUGGAUCAUCAGACCAAUCCCGUCAAAACGAGGAACAAGAAGCAGACUUCCUCCCAUCGGUCUAUAAUACGUACGGGAAACUGUCGAAUGCUAGGUUGUUGACUGAAUACGGGUUCAUGAUCGAUGCCAACACGCACGACAAGGUUCACUUUGAUCUCACUGAGGUGGCCGAUAACACUGAUGGUCAGCAUUGCCCACCCGAGCAGGUCCAAGUGACUCUGAGAGAACUAGCGGCUACGGGUGUGUUCGAAGACGACGCGCCCAACGAGCUAGUCGGCGAGCUGUCGGAGGAUGAUACAAGGAUAGCCGAUCUAUCUCUGGACUCGAACGCCAGACUGUCACCUCUUCUCUGGCUCACCAUCCUCUUCUACACCCAUGCCCCCUCCCCGGGCCGGCCCGCGCUCUCAGCUGGCAGCGUAAGACGACUCCUCGCCCUCCAAUCAUCCCUGCUCAACCACCAUCCGCCCCCACUGUCGGCCGAAACAACAGACUCCCUAGCUCAUCUCCUGCGGGUCGCUCAACUCGUCCAGAAGCUAUGUCGCGCUCGCCUCACGCAAUACCAUCUCCCCCAUACAUCAAUUGAUGAACUGCUCACUCUCAAAGAAGAGUUGGUCGAGCCAGAAGUACCAUCAACAUCGGCUAUUGAAGGAGGGGUACAAUCAGGGAACAGGAGGGGCAAAGAAAGAAGAGAGAUGGUGACGAUGGCUAUUGGAUAUGCUUGUUCCGAGCGAAUCUUGUUGGAUACCUGUAUCUCACUAUGGGAUGACCUUCAUUCCGUCCUCUUAUCUUUUACAACUGCUGCCUCUAUAUCUCCUUAUUAA